AUGAGAGAUCCAAAGAGAGCAUCAAAGAUCCACAAGCUCUUUAAUCUUUCAAAGGAGGAUGAUGUUCGCAAGCAUACUAAAAGAAUCACUAGAGAGCAGAUUUCACCUCCUCCUCCGGGUUUUGUUGCUCAACCAUUCCUUCCCUUUGCAUUGCAGGACAAUGAGGAUGGAUCAGCACGGGAAGUGCCUGGUACUCUAGAGACAGAGCAGUUGAUUGAUGCACAAGAAGUCCCUGUUGAACAAGUUGAUAAUGCUUCUCCGCCUCCUAAACCUGACACUGUUGAUGUCCCCUUGGAUAAUGAGAAUCCUUCACUUAAGGCCGAGGCAGCUGCUGAUGAGAGCACUGUGGAGUUGCAAUCCAGUCCACAACAGCCUGAUCAAGAUUCUGCUUCCCCAGCCCCACUAGAUGUUGAAAAAAGCUUAGUCACCCCUGAAGUUGAAUCUGCGAAAUAUGUCAAAGCCAAUGGAUCUACUAAUUUGAAACCUGAAACAUGUGCUAUCUCAAGUAGUCAUCUUGAAACUGUUAAACCCGCUGAAGAUACAUCUGGUCAUGAUACUGGGGCAGUUCCUAAAGAGAAUAACGAACCUGCUGCACCUCAGGCUGGAUCUUCAGACACUGAAGCUAAAGUUGAUAACAAGAGAGAAUCAGAUGCUGUGAAGAACAAAACAGAUACGUCCACACCCAAAACUAAUGGAAACUCAACACCAAGGCGUUCUUUUCUUUUGAAUGAAAAUAGUGGUGGUAGUGAAUCGGGUACAGAAGAGGAGCAAAAGGAUUUUCUGAUUGAGCUUCAUAGUUUCUUUAGAGAGAUGGGCAUGGAGUUCAAACCUCCUAAGUUCUACGGAGAUCUCUUAAACUGUCUAAAGCUGUGGAGAUCUGUGAUGAGAUUGGGUGGUUAUGACAAGGUGACCUCAUGUAAGCUGUGGAGGCUAGUUGGAGAGUCCUUUAAUCCCCCAAAGACAUGCACUACAGUUUCGUGGACAUUUCGAGGGUUUUAUGAGAAGGUGCUACUUGAUUAUGAAAGACACAUAACCAAUGCUGGUGAACCUAACAUCCCUAUUGCUUCCAAGUCUGAGCCCAAGCUUCCGAAGCCACCCAAGCUACCCAAGUCAGAUCCUAUGCAUGCCAACAGUCAGGCUUCUGGAUCGGGUAGAACUCGUAGGGAUGCUGCAGCGCGUGCAAUGCAGGGUUGGCACUCACUUCGUUUUCUUGGUAAUGGCGAAGUUAGUAGCCCUAUCAUUAAGGACAAGAAUACCAUACCUGCACAAAAGCGUGAAAAAGAGCUAAAAAACAUUGGUGAGUUACAGGGUUUAUCAAUUUCUCAAUUCGUUAGCAGCUUAAAUCAGUUUCCAAUAUUUGGACCUCUUGGCUCAGGUUUACUGAAACGCAAGAAACCAUCUUAUGUGGAACAUGCUGUCAAAUCUCCACGCACCAAAAGUGCACGAUUGGAUGUGGAGGUGAUUGAUGUUGGAGCUCCAGCUGAUUGGGUGAAGAUCAACGUACAGAAAACAAAGGAUAGUUUUGAGGUGUAUGCUUUAGUUCCAGGUCUCCUCCGUGAAGAGGUACGGGUUCAAUCAGAUCCAGCAGGGCGCUUGGUUAUCAGUGGUGAACCUGAGCAUGAGGAAAAUCCUUGGGGUGUUGCACCAUUCAAAAAGGUUGUCAGCUUACCCUCGAGGAUCGAUCCACAUCAGACAACAGCGGUGGUCACCUUGCAUGGACAACUGUAUGUCCGUGUCCCAUUUGGCGAGUCAGACUAA